AUCAGUGACUGGGCUCUUCAGGCACAAGGCGCGUUCCAGUGGUGGAGACGACUGGCAGAGGUGUAUUGAAAAGCUGUCCUUCAAUAAAUCCACACCGAAAACUUACAAAUCAGAGGCAUCAUGUCUGAAGAAAAGCCAAAGGAAGCAGUGAAAACCGAGAAUGACCACAUUAACCUGAAGGUGGCUGGUCAGGAUGGCUCUGUUGUCCAGUUUAAAAUUAAAAGACACACCCCCCUCAGCAAACUUAUGAAGGCAUACUGCGAAAGACAGGGUCUGUCAAUUAGGCAAAUUAGAUUCAGGUUUGAUGGACAGCCAAUUAAUGAAACGGACACACCUGCGCAGCUUGAGAUGGAAGACGAAGACACUAUUGAUGUAUUUCAACAGCAGACCGGUGGAGUGUGUUAAAGGUGUACAUCCUUCCUUAAAGAGGACUGCGGACCUGGAGUAAAACCCACUUUACUAAGCUUUUUUAUUUCUUUUUUCCCCCCUCCAAAUACUCGGUUUUAAUGUUUUUUCCUCAUAAACCCCCCCCCCUGGACUGUUGUGGAAACAAAGUCUGAGUUUGAACGCUGGUUUUAAAUGAUAACCAUGACUCACUGGGAGCAAAGGAUUCUUUAAACAUCCAUCCUGAGUACACAUGAAUUAAAGUGCAUGGUACGUAGAGAGCAAUUGUGGUUUCCCCUCGAAAAAUGCAUGAUAUCUAAUCGUGGAAUUUAAUGGUGGGCUGUGAGGUGUUGGGGGGAAUCAAGUUCAGGUUUGUUUCAGUGAGUGUAAAAAAUUGUAAAGAGCACAUUCUUGGAGUCAUGCUGUGCGUUUUUCAGUGGGCUCAUUUUAUGAUACCAAUUGAGAUUAAAUUAAUAAAGCCACAAUUAUUAUUUUGGAGUAAUGCUGGGGUACAAACUGCUUUGUAGACAGUAUACUGUGCAAACCUUUUUUUGAAGUAGACAAGACAAGUUCAAGUUCAUUGUAUAAUGCUUUAUAAAGAAAGGAGGUAUAAAGUGUUGCAUUUUAAAGCAGACUCGAUGACUAUGGUGUUAACUGACUUAAAGUGCAACCUUAUACUGUUCAAUGAGGGGAAGUGGACUUGACAGUUUGGUUUUCCCCUCACCUUUUUUUUUCUUCCGGACUAAAGAAUGGGCGUUUUCUUUAAAAUUAAGAUGUGUAAUGAUUUUUUUUCUACACAAUUGUUCAAGAGAGUCUUGCUUCAUUAACCUGUAUUCUGCGAGUUUCUGCAUUUCCUUUUCAUUGGGGUGGGAGGGAGGUGGGCAAGGUAGAAAUUUCCACUGAAUCUGUCAUGUUUCUCUACUGAUUUGUACAUUAUUUGUUGUCCUUUACUACUGUAUACAAUAAAUAUAGUUUGGUACUCAGA